AUGCAACCAAUUUGUCCAGGCCUUCGAACCACUGCCGCACAUCAACUCCCUUUCAGCACCCUUUCGCGACUCUCGUUUUCAUCUUCUAAUCCCUACACCUAUGUCUACGCCCGCAGCCUACCACUACGGUCCUGGCGCAACAAUCACACCUCGGCCCCUUCUCCUGCACAACCACCACCGUCAGGACUCAGCGGCAGCGCCAAGCUCUUCGCAGAUGCCCAACGAGAAGAAGCAGAAGACGCACGCGCCGCAAAGGCCGCUGCGAACAAACCAUCCCGCCUCGCCCACCUAGAACAGGAGCAUGAGAACUGGACGGGCGACGAGAGCAUCAAAGACGCCGUAUUGCGCAUGCUCGUCGACAAGUACAAGCCCCUCCGCACGGGCACCAUCCAGACGGCCGAGCAGAAACUCAAGCAGGCGCCACCGAAGCUGUCUUCCGUCGCGUCUGGUGCGCUGCCUUUCGAGAGUGUGGAUGAUGGGAUGUCAGGUGGGAUCGAGGUGCAGGGGUCCGAUGCGACAUCGCUUCCUCCGGUGAAGUUGACUCCUACGACGGGUUCAUGGGCGACUGAGCCGUUGCUUCCUUCCAGUGAAGGACACCAGCCGUGGCAUACUGAGUUCAAAGCGCCGAAACACGAUACGGCCGCGAUCAAGCUUGCACAGAUGCCGUUGAUGGUCUCGUCUAAACCUACGACGGUGUCCCCACCGCUGGACGAUAAGGCGCGUCGGUUGGAGAGAGAAAAGAUCAAGAGGACACGGCAGGCUACGAAGCUCUCGGAAGCGCGGGAGUCUACAUUGGACUAUAAACUGGGUAUUAAAACUACUGGUGCGCCUAGGGCUGGUCGUAUCAAUCCCAUUAGUUUGAAAGGGUGGAAUAGCUUGGUAGAAGAUAAGAUAGAGAAAGCUCGCAAAGCUGGUGUAUUCAAUACAGUUCAGGGACGAGGCAAACCCCUGGCUCGUUCAGCAGCAGAGUUCAAUCCCUUCAUCGCGCGAGAGGAGUUUUUGAUGAACCGAGUUGUACAAAAGAACGGCGCAGCUCCCCCAUGGGUCGAGCUCCAAGUAGAGUUAGAGAACGCCGUAAACACUUUCAGGGAGAUCUUGCGUCAGUCGUGGAUUCGUCGUGCCACACGCGGUCUCGCAAUGAACCAUCCAGCAGAGAUCCUACACCGACUCACAAUAAAAGAUAUUCAAAACUAUCGCGACCCCGAAUGGAUCGCGAAAGAGAAAAGCUACCACGAAACCGCUGUCGCGCAGCUUAAUUCGACGGUGCGCAAGUACAACGGACUGGCACCGUACGCUGUCCGUCGUUCGUACUACAAUCGAGAAUCCGAAAUUGGCAGGCUCUACGACGAUUGUGCCCCUGAUAUCCUUCGCGCCAUCGAAGAGCGUGCAAAGGAGAUAACACUAGAUCCCACUGCCAGCAGUGGUGGAGUAGGGUCAAGUGGUGCAGUAGCUGGCUCGCAGACCGGAAACGACUCUGGUUCCUAUUUCCUUGGGAUACUGCCACUUAUUCAGUGGAUCCGCGCACUUUUUCGACGUUGGUUUGGUGUCGGUGCGUGA